CAAACCCAGGUCUCCCACAUUGCAGGUGGAUUCUUUACCAUCUGAGCCACCAGGGGAGCCUUAUAUCAAUCCUGAUAUUUAGUACUAGUAUCAUCUGUCUUUUACAGAUUAACAACAAUAGAGGUUAAAUUAUUUACUCAAGGUCAGCAUGUGAUGGAGUUGAAGUCUGAAGCCAGAGUCUGAACUCUUAGAGAUUACCCUGUUAAGAAGUACACAUUCUACUGAGGUUUGAUUUGUACCGUACUAAGAUUUCCCAAAUAAGUUUAUAUACUAUAUCUUUUAUCUCAAUUAAAAUUUCACUCUCUACUUAGAGCAGUGGUGUCCAAAAGGAUUUUUUGAAAUAACGGAAAUUUCUAUUCUCUGCUGUCCAGUGAGUCGUCUCUAGCCAUGCGUGGCUCUUCAGCACUUGAAAUGUGGCUAGUGGAAUGAAAAACUACAUUUUAAAUUUAGUUUAAACUUAAAUGGGCACAUGUGGCUGGUGGGCACUGUAUGACACAGCACAGAUCUAGAGCAUAAGGAAAUGGUUUAUUUCUUUGGAUUUCUCUGUAAAGACAAGACUUAGGCAAAUCAAUAAAUAUCAAGUAAAUGAAAAAGAAUGAACAAUUGUUAAAGGGGAAUUUUCUCCCUCUUUAAAGGGCAGAAGUCUUUAUUCUACCAAGACUUUCACUGUAAUAACAUGUUAUAAUAAGCAUGUGAUAUAGCCUAUAAUACUUCUAGAGCAGUUCAUGAAGAUAGUAAAGAGGAUCCUUAAAUUAGAAGCAAUGUUUUUGAAAAGCUGAGAAACAUUUUAUAAUUGAUGGUUAGUACUUUAAAAAUGUUUUUCUAAUAAAAAAGAUCACUGCUUAAUUUUUUUCUUGACAAAAUCUGGGGUCCAUAGAGAGAAAAACAAAAGGGGACUCUUGGUGGAAGGAUGGAAACAGUCCAGAAUUGCACUCACGGGACAUUUCCUGCACAAACUACAAUCUAAAGCAGACCUCUUUACAAAUGUUGUUAAGAGUAAGCAACUGCCAAACCUCACAGGGUGACUUCAUUUUUUCACUUAUUCACCACAUAUAUACAAAUGUUAGUCAAGUCGUUCUGAAUAUGGGGCAAAAUGUCAUGAAUAAUAACAGGUACUUUUGAAAAUAAAAUCGGGCUGUAGAUCAAAUCAGAGUCUCUGGAUGUGACCAAGUCUUGUGGCCUGUGUUUCCUGACCCAUACACAACACAGCUCCUACCCCGCUGGAUGUCUACUUACCCAGAAGAAUUCAUCUCAAAAAUUUUAUCACGAUUUUAUCACAGCUUGUAUUGCUAUGGAACGCGUCUUUGCCAGUUUUUACAUUAAUCUUAGAUUUCAAAAACAUCAAAGAAGUGUGAGAGCCUCUCCCUUUCUCUGGAGGUCCCAAACCACGUUCUUCUGAUUCAAUGAAAUCAGCUCUUUAAAUUGCAGGAGCCUUGUUUCCCUUUGGAAAUCGUUUACAAAUAACAUAAUGCCUAAAGGAAAAAAAAAGGAAAAUUUCCAAUUCCUCACAUUCAAACCAAAAAGAUGUAGACCCGAGGUCCAGUUUUAUACAUGCUCAGUGCAGAAUUGGGUAAUUAUUCCAUAUUUUUCAAGACAGUAUAAAGUGACCAGUUGCAACUGAAAUUCCAAACCAUCUCUGUGAAAUGCUUCGCUUGUCUUUCCAGGAGAGGCUGUUACAGCAUAAGCAGCAAGAAGGCCGCUAUCUCUUGGGCCUGUGUGUCUGUCCUCUGACACACCAAUGUUAUCGCACCAGCUGCAGGCUCCACCAUUAAGUCUUUCCUUACGUAAGGGUCAACUUCACGGCCAAAUCCUCCCAGUCAUCUUGCGGUGCUUGUCAUGGGACCUUAGAAGGAACAGAUGCCCAGCGGGGAUGGGAAGCUCACAGGCACCGGCCCGCAGCUGAUGCCAAGCUUCCCAACCCAGGCUCCCUCGGAUCUGUGCCAAGAGUCAGCCUGGAGGGCUCAAUUGCUCGGUCCCCACUGCUGCACUGAUAGCAACGUGGCAGCACCCUGGAUGCUGUGCGGAGGAUGGGAGCGGGAGGGGGAGGUCACGGGGGCCCCUAUGCGAAACACAACGCCGGAAAGGACAGAGGAUGAAUUUAUCGUGACCAGCGGUCCCCGCGCUACAAGGAACCUCAAGGCUUUAAAGCUCGGGGAGACACGAACUCGAGCUCUGCUCUCAGAGCCGUAUUCACUCUAAGAGUGGCGGCCAGCAGUAGGGGAUUACCCGCCCGGGGCGAGGGUUAUGACUCAUUGAUUAAAAAGGAAUUUUCCAAAUAUUUUGCACUUUUGAUCGCAUGUUAUGGAUACCAAGGAAGAGAAGAAGGAACGGAAACAAAGUUAUUUUGCUCGAUUGAAAAAGAAGAAGCAGGCCAAACAAAAUGCAGAGACAGCCUCAGCUAUGGCUGCAAGAACUCAUUCUGGAAAAGAAGAUGCUAGUAAAGUCAUUUUAGAGCAAGACAAGUGUAACAUUGCUGUGGAAGAGGAGUACAUUACUGAUGAGAAAAAAAAGAGAAAAAGUAAUCAGUUAAAGGAGAUCAGGCGUACAGAACUAAAGAGAUAUUAUAGUGUUGAUGACAAUCCAAACAAAACACAUGAUAAAAAAGAGAAGAAGAUGGUGGUUCAGAAGCCCCAUGGUACUAUGGAAUACACUGCUGGAAGCCAGGACACCCUAAACUCCAUAGCACUGAAAUUUAACAUCACUCCCAAUAAAUUAGUGGAACUGAAUAAGCUUUUCACGCACACUAUUGUUCCAGGCCAGGUUCUUUUUGUGCCAGAUGCCAACUUUCCCUCGAGUACCUUAAGGUUAUCAUCAUCCAGUCCUGGUGCUACUGUCUCCCCUUCAUCAUCAGAUGCAGAAUACGAUAAACUGCCUGAUGCUGACUUAGCAAGAAAGGCCUUAAAACCCAUCGAGAGAGUCUUAUCAUCCACUUCAGAAGAGGACGAGCCAGGAGUGGUAAAAUUUUUGAAAAUGAAUUGCCGGUACUUCACUGAUGGAAAGGGUGUGGUCGGAGGCGUCAUGAUUGUCACUCCUAACAACAUCAUGUUCGACCCUCACAAGUCCGAUCCCCUGGUCAUUGAAAAUGGCUGUGAGGAAUACGGCCUUAUCUGCCCCAUGGAAGAGGUCGUUUCCAUCGCCCUUUACAAUGACAUCUCCCACAUGAAGAUCAAAGAUGCCUUGCCAUCUGACCUACCUCAGGAUCUUUGUCCUCUGUACAGGCCUGGAGAAUGGGAAGACCUGGCUUCAGAAAAGGAUAUCAACCCGUUCAGUAAGUUCAAAUCUCUCAACAAAGAGAAACGGCAGCAGAGUGGAGAGAGAACCAUCACUUCAGAUUCCACAGCAAUGGGACCUUCAGAGAAGUCACCAGAACACAUAGAAACGAAGCCCUCAUACAGCUCUGUGUCAGACAAGGUAAAGAAACUGGAAUCUGCUGCAGGGGCAACCCAAGAAUCUACCACAGUACCUAACGUCAGCAAGGAACCUUCUGACACCCGGGCUGCGUUUGAAUCUGUAGCCAAAGAAAAUUCUCUUUUAGGGGAAGACGAUGACUUCGUUGACUUGGAAGAACUUUCUUCUCAAGCUAAAGGUGGAACGGACAAAAGAGACACCUCAAAGGACUGCCUUUCUCUUGACCCAGAGGAACUAAGGAAGACUAAAUCACGAGUAAGCAGCUCUACGGAGAUUCAGUCAGCCCCGAACUUUUCAGGAACAGGGUGUGAUGCUGAACUGAAGGGAGCCCUAGACUUAGAAACCUGUGAGAAACAAGAUAUGAUGCCAGAGGUGGACAAGUGGUCUGGGUCCCCAGAAAGCCAGAUGGACAACACACUGAACAUCCAUGAAGAUUUAGAUAAAGUCAAACUCAUUGAAUAUUACCUUAAUAAGAACAAAGAAGGGUCACAGUUACCUGAUAACAUGCAGAAGGCAGAAUUAAGCGAUGGCAAAAGUACUGAGCCAGUGGGAAUAGACAUCACCCUUAGUAGUUCUCUUCUGCAGACAAGUGAUCCCCUGAUUGAGGGCAAGGAAGAGCCAGAUAAAACCUGGGCAAAAGAGAAAACACCCCUUCCGUUGCAACUGAGCUCCUCUACAGAAGAAAGUAUGAAUAAAGAGUAUCCAGAUUCUUCUUUGGAAUCUAUUCUGGACAAUAGCUGCCAAGGUGCACAAAUGGAUAAUAAAUCUGAAGUUCAGUUAUGGCUAUUAAAGAGAAUUCAGGUACCCAUUGAAGAUAUACUUCCUUCAAAAGAAGAGAAAAGCAAGACUCCACCCAUGUUUCUGUGCAUUAAAGUGGGAAAACCAAUGAGGAAAUCCUUUGCCACUCACACGACAGCCGUGGUCCAGCAGUAUGGCAAACGAAGAAAGCAACCGGAGUACUGGUUUGCUGUUCCUCGGGAGAGGGUGGAUCACUUGUACACAUUCUUUGUCCAAUGGUCUCCUGACGUCUAUGGGAAAGAUGCCAAAGAACAAGGCUUUGUGGUGGUGGAGAAAGAAGAAUUGAAUAUGAUUGACAACUUCUUCAGUGAGCCAACCACCAAGAGCUGGGAGAUCAUCACGGUCGAGGAGGCAAAACGCAGGAAGAGCACGUGCAGCUACUAUGAAGACGAGGACGAGGCCGCCCUGCCGAUCCUGCAGCCCCACAGCUCGCUUCUGGAGAACAUGCACAUUGAGCAGCUGGCCCGACGCCUUCCAGCAAGGGUGCAGGGGUAUCCAUGGAGACUCGCGUACAGCACGCUAGAGCAUGGGACCAGCUUGAAAACUCUCUACCGGAAGUCAGCAGCACUAGACAGUCCUGUCCUAUUGGUCAUCAAAGAUAUGGAUAAUCAGAUCUUUGGAGCAUAUGCGACUCAUCCUUUCAAAUUCAGUGAUCACUAUUAUGGCACAGGCGAAACUUUUCUCUACACAUUUAGCCCUCAUUUCAAGGUCUUUAAGUGGAGUGGAGAAAACUCAUACUUUAUCAAUGGAGACAUAAGUUCUUUGGAACUUGGUGGUGGAGGGGGACGAUUUGGCUUAUGGUUAGAUGCCGAUUUAUACCAUGGACGAAGCAACUCCUGCAGCACUUUUAAUAAUGAUAUUCUUUCCAAAAAGGAAGACUUCAUAGUUCAAGACCUUGAGGUAUGGACAUUCGAGUGACAUUUAGACUGCCUUAAAAUAGAACAUUUAAAAAGACUGGGUUCAGUCAGCCCUGCUAAAGCUAGCUGGAAGACGAAGCCCCAGCCCAGACUGCCUCAUCCCAUCAUAGUGCUUUCUUUCUGCCAUCAUCUCAGAGCGCACUUACAUUGCAGAGAGAUUCUGAAAGGUACAUGUGGAAGGCAGACGAUGAAGAAAGAAUUUGAAGUUCAGAUCAUUGAAAGACUUUAUACUCUCACUUCCUUCAAACCCAUAGAGUGAGGAGUCAGAAUAUUUAUAGAUGUGAGUUGAAUGCAAUUUUUAUUUUUGGUAACUGUGAAAAAGAAAAUACUGUAGAAGUAUAUACAUUCCUUGUAUAUUUAUCAACAUAAUUUUCAUUACCAAAAUGUACAGCAUACUAUUGUUUGCCAUUGAAAAGUUUAGUCUCAUUUAGAAAAAUUGAAAGUGCACAGCACUUAAAGGGAAUAUAUGAUUUUUUAAAACUGUUUUAUUUAUUAUUUCUAGUAUAUUGUUUGAAAUGUGUUGGCAAUUUUUUUCUUUUAAUGUGUCAAAUCUUGAAGUAAAGAAAUGUAUACGUUUUGUGCUGUUUUGGCAACAAAUCCAUUUGAUUUAUAUAGUUUUAUAUUAAAUUUUUUUUGCCCUGAUUGUUUAGGGUGAUCUGUAUAUGUAUGUGCUGCUUAAUGUCCAUAUAUAUAUAUACACACACAUAUAUAUACCCACAGACAAUUCUGAAUUUUUAAAAACUCAUUUUCAAUGUUUAUUGAUUUGCCUGCUGUAGGCCAUCUUUCCAUUUUGUCAUUGAAAAGGUACAUUUUUAGUUAUUUACUCUGAACAUAAUUGUGUAAAGAAGAAUAAGCCAUUUCUCACAGUCAUAAAUUGAUAUUUACAGUAAUGUAUACCUUUAUGAUCCUGGAUUUAGAACCCUGCUUUUGAAAAGAAAUGUUUUGCUUCUUAUAAAAUCUCAUGUGUUAGUAACAAAAAUUGUAUUUUUAUUGGAUUUUUUUGCAUAAUCUUCCCCAAGUUUUUACAUUAACAGGCCUCUGUUUUAAAUGAGACUGAAUGUUUUAAUUUCUGUAUAUUUUAUAUCAAAUGAAAAAUAUCAGUUAUCCCAAUUGUCUUGGUUUCUACACUUUCAAUUGAAAAAAAUUCAAUGCAAAGAAAUGCAUUUAUACCACAAUUGGAAUAAAAAGUAAAAAGCAGUUUUUAAAUAUCAACUCACUUUCACAUCAUUAAACACUCUUUUAUGAAAGUUAAUAAUGAAACCUUGUUAAAAUUUUAACAAAUAUUAUUGUCAAACUUUUACAAAGCCAAAGACUGCUAAUGGAAAAAAAAGUCAAGUAAUAGCCAAAGCUGAGAAAGCUGUCUGUCAUGAAUUACAUUUCCAGUGAUAUUUGAAAGGAAAAAUUAAUAGAAAGUAGUAGUUUAUAGACCUGCAUUUUAAAAAUGUAAACAGUGCUUAGGAUGUUGGCUUUAAGCUGGCGGAAUACUUCCUUUAGCUUAUUCUCUUACUUUAGACUAUUUAUAAAAGAGAACAGACAAAUUGCCAUGUGGCCUCCUGUCAGAUCAACAAUUAUUUUACUACACUCACAUUCCACACAAGUUUCUUUGAAUGCUAUAAAAUCUUAAAUCUGUAGCCUGGGUGUACUUUCACCCAAGUUCUAUUGCGAACUCUUCAUUAACAACUUAUUGGCAGUUGAACCUUAUUAAUCUGCUUGUUACAUAAUGUGCCUGUGUGAGAUCCAGGAAUGUCUCAGUAUGAUCACGUUUACCAUUUAUGCCAUUUGCAACCAUAUGCUAUUAACAAAAUGGUCAUUUUGCAUAUAGUUCACUCUUAUCUACUUUAGUCCAUGAUAUUAUACUUGUGAGAGCAUAUUCAGAUGCUGUGUUCUCUAUUUAAAACAGUAUUGUCCAAUCAGACAUGUGUGGCCCUUCAUUUAUGGAUAUUGAGUGUAUGUAAUGCAGUGCUAGCCCAAUAUUUUCAAUAAAGGAAUUCAUGCAUUCAA